AUGGAGAAUGUUUUGAAAAGAAGUUAUCAUUUUCAACAGAUAGAACAACAGCACCAACAACUUCAACCAUUUUCUCAAAAACGUAGAAAAUUAAAUGAGAAUUCUAAAGCUUUGCAAAGUAAGGCUUUACAAAGUUCAAAAUCCUCUUCGAGUCCUUCUCAGUCUGGAAUUCCGGAUAAGGCUUUACAAUCGGCACGUUCUGCUACUACAGUUUCUUUUUUAGUUAAGUCUCCUGAGCUCCAUUUGACUUCUCAACACAAAACUGUCAAUAAUUUCUCGGAAUGCGUCGACAAGGUGUCUGAUGAUAAGGAUUAUCAUGAUUCGCAUAUGUCAACCACUGAUCCUAACAAUGCUUUUAUGGUUCCUGCCAAUACGGCUAAUACCGUUCAUGAUCCUUCAACGGUUACCAAUCAUCCUGAUGCUCUAGAAAACGUUAAUCAAGAAUUUUCUAUUCUCAAUAUAAUUCCAUCUUUGAUAAGUGAAAAACAUAGAAAGGCUGCUUUUGUUGAAAAUCUAGUCGACACUGCUGGCCUUAUUAUGGAGGUAAUUUGGGCAAAUUUUGCCAUUAGCCCGAAUGCGAAAAUUAUUACUUUACGUGUGUUUCUUCAGGAAACUUUGAGACGUUCUCGCGCCUCUUAUUCAACACUCCAAACAGCAUUAUUCUAUUUGUUUAGAAUUAAACAUAAAAUCGCUUUAUUAUCUCAACGCCCCGAAUUGCCUCCUACACCAACUUCCGAACAUCCUCCAGAUGUGAUCCAAAAUUCAUGUCAAAAUAAUGAUCCUGCAACCUGUGGUCGGCGUAUGUUUUUAGCUGCUCUGAUUGUUGCAUCAAAGUAUCUUCAAGAUCGCAAUUAUUCCAAUCGUGCUUGGUCUAAAAUAUCUGGUCUUUCUAUUAAGGAGAUUAAUGCAAAUGAAGUUUGCUUUCUCAAGCUUAUUGAUUACAACCUUUUUAUAGCUGAGGACAUUUUUAAACGCUGGAGUACUCUUUUGCUAACUCAUAUUCAAGCUAUAUCAGGACCAGAUAUAUCAAAUCCGGAGGCAUUUAGGAAUGCUGAAAAUCAGAGUGAGGUUACUAGAUUUCGUGAAACUUUAAGAUUAAUGGACCCAAAGACCAUGGAAUGUAAACGUCCCCUCAGUUUUGGAAUUUAUCCCAUCACUCCUGCAGUGAGUGCUCCAGGAUCACCACGCGAAUAA